AAAAAUCAAACACAUCUAGAAAUGAAAUAAAAAUAAAUGUAAAUGUAAAUUUUAAUUUACGACGCGGGAAUACAAUACAAUCACAACACAAACAGCAAUAAUAAUAUUUUAUUAUUUCAACUUCGUCUCCAUUAACGCGCUUUUUAUCCACCCACUUAAAGAACUAUUCAUCCCCAAAUUGAAAACUUCUCCAAAAAGUUAUCUUCCUUCUCCAUCAAAAUGGCGUCUUCGAAACCAACCGAUCAGAUCAAACAGCUCAAAGACAUCUUCGCUCGCUUCGACAUGGACGGAGACGGAAGCCUCACACACCUCGAGCUCGCCGCUCUCCUCCGUUCCCUCGGAAUCAAACCUCGCGGCGAUCAGAUCUCUCUCCUCCUCAACCAAAUCGACCGUAACGGUAACGGCUCCGUCGAAUUCGACGAGCUCGUCGUCGCGAUUAUGCCGGAUCUCAACGAGGAGGUGCUCAUUAACCAGGAGCAGCUCAUGGAGGUUUUCCGCUCGUUCGACCGUGACGGUAACGGUCAGAUAACCGCCGCGGAACUUGCUGGGUCAAUGGCUAAAAUGGGGCAUCCGUUGACUUACCGUGAGUUGACGGAAAUGAUGACGGAGGCUGAUUCUAACGGUGACGGUGUGAUUAGUUUCAAUGAAUUUGCGCAUAUCAUGGCCAAGUCCGCCGCUGAUUUUCUUGGAUUAACUGCUGCUGCUUAAUUCUCUUCUUAUGUCUUUGUUUUUGAUUAAUUUAUAUUUUUUUAAAUGUCCAGUUUUGUAUAAAUGCAACUUGUGUAAUUUAACAAUAUUGAUCUUCUCUCAGUUCUUCUAAUUAAUUAAUUUAUGAUAA